CAGUAACGUGCAACAUCGAUGCGAACAGAAGGGGAGGGGGGGAGGGGGGGGACGGUCGCGAGAACGGAGGAGGAACGCGCUAAAGGAGAUCACCCGAGGAGCCCGAGAAGCCGGACACUUUUUAUUCCCGCGACGAACGCGAAGGCCCGUCAGUGUCGAAUAGCUUCUUCAGGCGUGCACAACACAACAGCUCACCCGCUCUACUUGGGAACGCACACACAAAUAACGAGCCAAACGCGCACCAUCAGCGAGUCCCUUACUGAACGGAAACGGAAACUCACCAACAAGCAAAUACUUGUGCCCUAUUUGGUGUGUUGGUAGUUCGAACAGAAGCAUUCAAGGCAAGCAGAUACAGUGUCAACAAUCUGCUAGCAUCUUCCUAGUGUAUCCUAGCUUCUAUCACAAGCGAGAGAGAGGGCGAGAGAGCAUUACACCAAAAAAGAAGCUUUUGUUUAGGUUCAAGGAAACCAACCGUAUCGUAAACAAGGAUUCCAGCGGCUAGAAGCACGCUUCAUCCUCAACAGCAUCCUCCCGUACAUCAACAACAACAACACAGUAUCAAGAUGGUCCUGCGGAGCAAGAACCUGGUCCGGUACGUGUUCCAGAACCAGCACAAGCUGAUCCAGCAGCUGCUCGUACAGGGUGGCCCGGUGCGUGCGUGCAGCGGGCACGGCGCUACGCAGCAGCAGGCCCAGCUGCGUGUGGAGGAGGACGACAACUUCCCGAAGAUUGCCGAGGUGCCACCGCUAGCGGCACCGUUCCCGAUGACGCUCGAGCAUGCGGCCGACGUUGGAGAACAGUUCAAGUAUUCCGAUCUCAGCGUGCGUCUGGCAGCGCCCCACCAGCUAAACCCCAAGCCGGACGUUGACGAUCUAGCGUUCGGGAAGUACUUCACCGAUCACAUGCUGAAGGUGCCGUACCACCGUAGACUGGGCGGUUGGCAAAAGCCAGAAAUUACGCCCAUGGAAAACCUCAACCUGCACCCGGCAGCCAAGGUGUUCCACUACGCAAUUGAGCUUUUCGAAGGUAUGAAGGCGUACCGUGGCUACGACGGCAAGAUUCGUCUAUUCCGACCGGAAAUGAACAUGGCACGCAUGAACGUUACCGCCUACCGGUCCGGACUGCCCACGUUCGAGGGUGAGGAGCUAAUCAAAGCGAUGGCCCGGUUGGUCCUGAUCGAUUCCGAAUGGGUACCGCACACCGAAUCUGCCAGUCUCUACAUCCGCCCGACCCUGAUCGGUAUUGAGCCUACGCUAGGCGUUGCCUCGUCCGAUUCUGCCCUGCUCUACACCAUCCUAUCCCCUGUCGGACCUUACUUUAAGCCCGGUGCCAAGGGACUGAAGCUGUACGCAGAGCCCAAGUACACGCGUGCCUGGCCCGGAGGUGUCGGUGACCGUAAGGUGGGCUCCAACUACGGACCUACGAUCCACGUACAGCAGGAAGCGUUGCGAAACGGUUGCCACCAGGUACUGUGGCUGUACGGUGACGAUCACCAGCUAACGGAAGUAGGCGUCAUGAACAUCUUCAUGCUGUACAUGAAGGAGAACGGAGAGCGUGAACUACUAACGCCACCACUGAACGGUCUCAUCCUGCCCGGCAUUACGCGCGACUCCAUCAUCCGCCUGUGUCAUCAGUGGGGCGAGUUUUCCGUCCGCGAGCAAAAGUUCACCAUGCCGGAAAUUAAGAAGCUCUCUAAAGAGGGACGGUUACUGGAACUGUUUGGCGCUGGUACGGCGGCCGUCAUCAGCCCGAUCGAGCAAAUCUCGUACAUGGGCGAAGACAUCUACGUGCCCACGGAAAGCCACGACAAUCCGCUGUACCGACGGUUGUACAACACCCUCACCGACAUCCAGUACGGCAAGCUGGAACAUCCGUGGGCCUAUGUCAUAGACUAAGGUGUCGUCCUAUGGUUGGUUGUACGUCCGCGCCAUAGCUUGUAUUUAUACCCAACAGCAGUCGCAGGUGUUUGCCCAUUCCUUCUUCACCUUCCGCUAUCCCUGUUACCUUCACCUCCAAACUCCCAGAACGACCACCAUUCCAUGUGCUGCAAAGCUACGUUACCUAAACUAUCCCGUUGGGUUGUAGAAUUUAUUCGUGGAGCCUCUCUCAUGCGUAUACCCCACACACAUACACUGUGUGCUUCCCCUGUCAGCUCAUCCUACCUCCUUCCAAAAUCCAGGUCAAACCUGCCACCCGUAGAGCGUUGGGCUCUGUAUACGGUUGUUAGUUUCAAAGUGCUGCAAAAUUACUUGUGAUAGCGACGUGUUAAAAAGAGAGAAAGAGAGCUCAUUCCUUUGCUAAGGUAGGUACGAUAUGGCUAGGGUAUACUGUCCGCGAUAUCGUACCGUAAAUGCCUUAGAUGUAGUCUCUAGGUUAGAUGGUUAGGACGUAAGCAGUAAGCGCCACCGGGCGUACACCAUGCAAGUGUACUGCCAACCUCUCCCGAGCGCAUCCGUGAAGGCAUCAGGAUGUUUUGUAUUUUGUUGGUUCACUGUCCAGGAUUCUUCUUUUCCAAUCCAUCAUUGGUCGCCCCAAAAGUGUGGCGCUAGUGUACCGCGACGAGUGAGAUCAUCCCGAUGCCAACGGAAAGCAGCCGACAAAAGCAGUGAAAGGCGAUAGAUAGAUACAUUCGGUUUUUGUUUAUUGGCUGGAAAAGUGCAUUUACUAGUGCUGUAAGGUAGGGUUCUCUAUUUCCUUUAUUUUUUGUUGUUGUAUUUAUAUGUAUACAGUACGUGCCUUGCAUAAACUUUCCUCGUACAGCCCAAAGCAUCAGCAUUCGCGAAACCCUAGCAAGAACCCGUUGAUACGUUGGCGCUUGUUUUGGGAGCUGUGGCACAGUAAAAACGGCCUCUGCGUACAAAACACCUUCACACAAGCAAUAGCACCACAACGUUUCUCAUGUGACGUAUUAGACGUUCUUUAUCUGUCUCGCGAACCUGCGUUGAAAGUAAGGCGAGCGAUUUGUACGAUCGUGUACCCGGAAGACUCACCCGUACGCUGGCCGGAAUAUAUGGUUUUCUCUUGUGAUAGGGCCUUUCUUAGGUAUUUUUUUUUUAAUUUUAGGAUUUUGUUUUUCUCGUCUCGUCUUAGUGGUGUCCAUCUACGCACCUCCCCCAUUAGCCGUAGUAAUAAACAGAUUUUAUUUUUCUUGCUUAGAAAAGAAAUUUGUCGUACAAAGGAAGAAGAAAAGUGCAUUUCCCGAAUAGUUGGUUCUUUUGUACAUAUAGCGAGCAAGAACCAAUAGCUUGCCGGUUUGACGGUUGGCAGCAUGGAGCGCGAACAGUGUGCCACGUGCUCAUCGUAACCGGUGACGAUGGAAACAGUGUUGUGAACCAUGGUCCAGCCAGGCCAGGCCAGUCAGGUCCAGCCAUGACCGCACAUGCCCCCCCACGUUCUGUAGGUCGUUAUGUGCGGGUCGGGCUGGAUCGAGCAGCCGCCGCUAUACCGCAAGCAUAAGAAUAUUCCAUAGGAUUAGCGUCUAGUGUUUUACAUCGCAAGUGUUAUGAAUCACUGUACGGUAUAGUGUUUUAAAAAGCAAACAGAAAAUGAUAAAUAAAUUGAUCAUGUGUUGUAUACCGCUA